GCUGGCUAAAUCCAACCACUUGGCAAAAUAUUUGCUUGCCCUUCCAUCUGACCGGUAUUGAAAUGCAGACGGCAAUGGUUUUUUAUUGUUAUUGUAUUUUGUUCGAGUCACCUUUAGACCUUGGCUGGCAGUCCUCAAAGCACAUCUGGAACAAUAAAAACAAAUCUUUUCUCGAUACGGAAUUUGAUUUUGCUACAAAAGGACGAAAAGAAUGGAGCAGAGCGUGACUUCUGACCAGGAGAUGGCCAACGUAUCCAAAGAUACCAAUGGCAUCGAAAAAGACGGUGCUGUUGGGAAAUCCGCCAAUGGCUUGCCCAUGGAGAAUGUCAACAACAUCCGAGGUAGUACAGCCAGUACGACAGGCAAUACACCAGAUGCAUCACCAGAAAAGGUCUUUCAUACGGGAUGGAGGCUUCACGCAUUGACUGCAGGAAUGUGCAUUGGCCUGCUGCUUUCGUCCCUCGAGACAACCAUCGUUAGCACAUCGUUGGUCUCCAUCGUGGACCAGCUCCAGGGUUUCGACAAGGCCAGCUGGAUCGUCACCGCAUAUCUCGCCACCAAUACCGGCUUCCUGAUUAUAUACUCCAAGCUGAGCGACAUAUUGGGUUGCAAAAUGAUGCUGCUUACCGCGCUCGUCAUCUUUACGAUAUUCUCAAUCGCCUGCGGGGCUUCCGAUUCCAUGACAUCUUUAAUCAUAUUUCGAGCUCUCCAGGGCAUGGGAGGCUCAGGUAUAUAUUCUCUAUCCACCUUGAUGGUGCCUCUGAUGGUCCCGCCGGCCAAAUUCGCAACAUACAUCACCAUCGUCACGUCCAUCUUUGCCAUCUCUAGUGUCCUCGGGCCAAUUGUCGGAGGGGCCAUCGCAGACAAGACUUCCUGGCGAUGGGUCUUCUACAUCAACGGCCCGGGGGGAGCACUCGCUGUCUUGUUGGUGGCGUUCUCGGUGCCUUUUGGCUUCCCGUACGGAAAGUCCAGAGUGUUUCUAGACAAUCUGCGCUCGAGGAGGACGUGGAGGCGCAUCGACUUUGCCGGUGCCUUUGCUUCCCUGGCGGCGUCCAUUCUCCUGAUAUUUGCCCUGCAGCAAGGCGGAGUCAUGUACCCCUGGAACAGUGCCCCCAUAGUCUCUACCUUUGUCUUGUCAGGGGUCCUUUGGCUUUUCCUGCUGGGAUGGGAGCGCUGGCUAUCGGCAAGGAACGGCAUCUGCGAACCCGUUUUUCCUCAGCGGCUCAUCACCAACAGAUUUGUCCUGGGCUUGCUCUUAAAUGGAUUCCUCACAGGCGCCCCUUUUAUGACCACAGUCAUCAACAUCCCACAGAGACUCCAGACCGUCAACUCGUUCUCCGCCAUCGACGCCGGUAUCCGCAUGCUGCCCCUCCUGCUGCUCACCCCCGUCGCCAGCGCGCUCUCCGGCCUCAUGGUCGCGAGGCUGAGGGUCCCGCCCCUGUUCGUCUUGCUCCUCGGAGCCGCGCUUCAGUGCAUCGGAGUGGGCCUGUUCAGCUCUAUCGGUCAUUCCAACCUGCAGGUCCCCGCUGCGCAGUACGGCUACCAGGUCCUGAUGGGCCUCGGAUUCGGCUUCAGCCUCUCGACCAUUCUAAUGAUGGCGACCAUUGUGGUUGCGGAGAAGGAUCUUGCCGUGACCAUGGGCGCCGCAACACAGCUCCGCGUGCUUGGCGGAACGAUAGGUCUCGCCGGCGCGGCCGCGCUGCUGAUGGACAAUAUCAGAUCCGAAGCCGCCCGGUUCUUGACGCCGGCUGAGCUGUCGAGCGUGCUCAGCUCGUCGGGCAACAUCAGGCUGUUGUCGUCCGAGAAGCAGCUCGAGACCAGGAUGGUGUUCGCCGCCGCCUAUUCGCGUCAGAUGAGGGCCAUGCUGUACUUUUCGCUGGGUGCCUUGCUGUCGGUGAUGCUCCUUGUCGAGAAGAAGCCGAGGCGGGUGGUCCACAAGACGGCCGGCCAGAACCAGGAGUCUGCUCCAUCUAGUUGAUGUGACUAAGCUGCACAUAAAAAAAAGCGCAGAUAUAUAAGUUUGCUGGCGACUUAAAAGUCUUGGUCUUUCUCUUUUUUUUUUAAUGGGAAGUGACUUACACAGCAGGCGUCUACUUUCCAACCUAAAAGAUUUCUAAUGGGACCCCUUAUCAGGCAGUCCAUUGUAAUAGUUAGCACCCAUGUCUACAGCACUUAAUUCACACCUGCGGUCAAAUCCUUUCCGAGAACGAGAUGGAAUGGUCGAUUCACAAGUGGAAUCCUUCCGUCGGGCCCAACUGCAAC